UGCAAAUUGAAGAAUCAAAUCGAGGAAACUUCAUCAGAGAACAGUUCCUCUCGAUCUCUUGGUGCUCGUGAGAAGCCAUUGGAGAGAGAAUUUUCUCGGGAAGUUGAUAGAAAAGAGGGGAAGGAUUUAACGAUCUGUGUAAUUUGUUUAUCGUCUUCGUCAAAUUUACCAGAUGGGAGAGGGAUCUAGGAUGAUUACGAUGCUUCAACUCACGUUUAUGUUGUUAUUGCGCUGUCCUAUAGUGGAGAAUUUAUUGGGUAGUAGAAAAAUUUCUCGUUCAGACGUCACUUCUUCGAAUCCACCUAACGGGACGAUGAUGCUAUGUUUGUGAGAAAUCUCCGGGUUUGCGGAGGGAGAGAGUAGGGUUCCCUUGUAUGUGGAUAUGGAUGACGUUGUGGGUUUACAAGAGGCAGCUGGGGCCAGGUUUAGCCAGUUCGAGUUGAUUGGAAGAGGAUCAUUUGGGGAUGUCUAUAAAGCGUUUGAUAAGGAGCUCAACAAAGAGGUUGCCAUUAAAGUGAUUGAUCUGGAAGAAUCAGAGGAUGAGAUUGAAGAUAUCCAGAAGGAAAUUUCAGUUUUGUCACAAUGCCGCUGUCCUUAUAUUACCGAAUACUAUGGUUCCUACCUUCAUCAGACGAAGUUGUGGAUCAUCAUGGAAUAUAUGGCCGGCGGUUCUGUUGCUGACCUUCUGCAAUCAGGUCCACCACUGGAUGAAACAUCAAUCGCUUGUAUUACACGAGAUCUGCUUCUUGCGGUUGAAUAUUUGCAUAAUGAGGGAAAGAUUCACAGAGACAUCAAAGCUGCUAAUAUAUUGCUGACAGAAAAUGGUGAUGUGAAGGUUGCGGACUUCGGUGUUUCCGCGCAAUUGACACGGACAAUAUCAAGGAGAAAGACUUUUGUAGGAACACCGUUUUGGAUGGCACCAGAAGUGAUUCAGAACUCAGAAGGCUAUAAUGAGAAGGCAGAUAUUUGGUCGCUCGGAAUAACCCUAAUUGAGAUGGCAAAAGGAGAACCUCCACUAGCUGACCUUCAUCCAAUGAGGGUGCUGUUUAUAAUUCCCCGGGAAAGUCCUCCUCAGUUAGAUGAUCAUUUUUCCCGUCCUAUGAAGGAGUUUGCUUCAUUAUGUUUGAAAAAGGCUCCUGCUGAGAGACAAAGCGCCAAAGAAUUACUCAGACACAGAUUUAUUAGGAAUGCUAGGAAGAGUCCAAGACUUCUUGAGAGGAUAAGAGAGCGUCCAAAAUUUCAAAUAAAGGAGGAUGGAGAGACUCCAAGAAAUGGUCCAAAAGCUCUAGCUGAGUCGUCUAGCAUUGUCAAAAUGGAUAGAGAUGAAAGAGGCCAAGCGAAUACUGGAACUAGUAUUCAGGUAAAAACUGUGAAAAAUGCCGGGUGGGACUUCAGUGUUGGUGGGUCUCAGGGCAUUGGAACAGUACGGGCUCUGAAACCUCCUCAUGUGAGGGAAAGGCGCCAAGAAGUUCCCUCUAAUCAGACCUCGCAAAGAACAUCACGGACUAGUGGUAGCCAAUGGUCAUCCGCUUCUGGUAGUACAGUUCCGGAAGCCUCUGAAGGGGCUUCUGUUAAAAGAGAUUCUUAUCAGAAUGACAAUCUCGAUGACGUCCAUGAUGAAGAUGAUUCAUCGCUCAGUGGCUCUGGAACUGUUGUCAUAAGAUCUAGAAGUCCUCAACCAUCUUCUAUAUUCCAUGAUCAAAGCUCGUCUAGCAGCAGGUAUGCAUCUUUUGAUGAUGCUUCUACAAGUGGAACUGUUGUUCGUGACCAGCAUGAUGAUUCUGGAUCGCCCCGAACACCAAAAUCAAAACUAGGAAUUCAAGAUAGAACUUCUAGUGCUUCGGAAGACAGUUCAACAAAUCUCACAGAGGCAAAGGCAGCAAUCGAAGCUGGUUUCAGAAGGGGAAAUGCUAGAGAAAGGUUCGGAAUGGGCAAGGUUAGCAGUGAUGGGAAGGCCAAUCGAAGAAGGGAACAAAUGACAGAAGGUUCAGAUAAUUCGAGAAAUUCCCAUGAUCAUUUCGACGCGCCAAAACAAAUCACAAGAUCACAACUGAGUGAUGAUGAAGAUGACUUGAAACUGGCAUCAUUGUCUGCAUCACUGUCACUCGUGCUCAUGCCUUCCCUAAAAGAGGUUCUUGGGGGCGAUUCAAAAGGGGCAGUUGGACGUGCAGUUUCAAAAUCCAUUGCGAACAUGGAACGUGAAAAGCCUGGUUCUUGUGAAGCUUUUGUCGCCAAGGUGAUUGAACAUUUGGGAAGUUCUAAGGAAGCUUCGGUGAAAGAAUUGCAGGAAAUGGCAGCUCGUGUUUUCGCCAAGCCAACACCCUCUGAUUCAGAGAACAGAAGAAGGCAACCUAACAAAGAGUUCAGUUCCAACGCUAAUGUUAGCCCUCUCGCGAGAUUCUUACUCUCAAGAUGGCAAGGUCAAUCUUCACGUGAUCUUAGUCCAACUUGAGACAAGAGACAGACAGAACAGAACACUGCUUUGUUCCUCUGUUGGUUUAUAGGUGUCUCCUCCAUUGAUGCAUUGAAUUUUGGUAUUUGUGUGCAUAAUUUGUUAGCAAAACUGUAUUUAUAUGUGGCGUUUGCAUUUUUUUUUUAAAUUCUUCGUUCUUUGUUCUUUUUUUUUAUAAAUAUAUUACAUUUUAACA